CCCAGAAGGCGGACGUUGCAGUGAACCGAGAUCAUGCCGUUGCACUCCAGCCCAGCCCAGAUAAUGGAUUCUGAGUUAAUGCAUAGUAUAGUGGGAAGCUAUCAUAAACCUCCAGAAAGAGUAUUUGUUCCCUCAUUCACCCAGAAUGAACCAUCUCAGAAUUGCCAACCUGCGAACUUAGAGGUUACCUCUUCUAAGAUACUUCAUAGCCCAAAUAGCCAAGCUCUUAUUUUAGCCUUAAAAACUCUUCAGGAAAAAAUUCAUCGUUUAGAGCUGGAGAGAACACAGGCUGAAGAUAACCUGAACAUUCUUUCCAGAGAAGCAGCGCAGUAUAAGAAGGCCUUAGAGAAUGAAACAAAUGAGAGAAAUCUGGCACACCAGGAGCUGAUAAAGCAGAAAAAAGAUAUAAGUAUACAGUUAAGCUCAGCCCAGUCCCGUUGUACUCUUCUAGAGAAGCAACUAGAAUAUACAAAGAGAAUGGUUCUCAAUGUAGAGCGAGAAAAGAACAUGAUCCUAGAACAACAGGCCCAGCUUCAGAGGGAAAAAGAACAAGAUCAGAUUAAGCUGUAUGCAAAACUUGAAAAGCUUGAUGUCUUAGAAAAAGAGUGUUUUAGACUUACAACAACUCAGAAAACUGCUGAGGACAAGAUUAAACAUUUAGAAGAAAAACUGAAGGAAGAAGAACAUCAACGUAAGCUGUUUCAAGACAAAGCUUCUGAGCUUCAAACUGGACUUGAAAUCAGUAAAAUUAUAAUGUCUUCAGUUUCAAAUCUAAAGCACUCCAAGGAAAAGAAGACAUCUUCAAAGAAAACUAAAUGUAUAAAGAGAGGACCACCUUGGCAAAUUUGUUCAAAGUUUGGAGCACUGCCUUUUGUGGCUGAAAAGUCCACCAGUGCAAACUGUUCUGUGAAUGCAAGUAUGCAAAACCUUUUGCAGAGGAGGCAACAUCGUGGCCCACAUAUCCUUCAGAAAGCUUUUAACGUGGCUGAGACUAGAUGUCUCCCCAGGCCUUCUAGAACAACUUCCUGGUGUAAGGCUAUUCCUCGUGACUCAGAAAAGUCCAUUUCCAUUUGUGACAAUUUAUCUGAACUUUUGAUGGCAAUGCAAGAUGAGCUGGACCAAAUGAGCAUGGAGCACCAAGAGCUACUGAAACAAAUGAAAGAAACUGAAAGCCAUUCAGUCUGUGACGACAUAGAAUGUGAACUAGAGUGUUUAGUCAAGAAAAUGGAAAUUAAAGGAGAACAAAUCUCCAAACUGAAGAAGCAUCAAGACAGUGUCCGUAAACUGCAGCAAAAAGUUCAAAACUCAAAGAUGCGUGAAGCUUCAGGUAUUCAGCAAGAAGACAGCAACCCUAAAGGAUCAAAGAACAUAAAAAAUAGCCCCAGAAAAUGUUUGACUGACACUAAACUUUUUCAGAAAAACAGCAGCUUUCAUCCAAUACGAGUUCAUAAUCUUCAAAUGAAAUUGAGAAGAGAUGAUAUCAUGUGGGAACAGUAACAAAAUAGCAAAACUGUCACCUUAAUGAACUUUGUCAAUGAGACCUUGAAUUGUCUAAAGUGGUUUUAAUUUAAUAUAACUUUGUGGCAUUUUGAAUCAUGUUUCUAGCUUCUAUAAGACAUGAAGUUGCAGUAUUUUUAAAUUAAUGCCUAAUGACCUACUGGGUUCCAAAUAAUAAAUUAAUUGCUUUUUUAUUUUUCUUAUUGAUUGAAGCCUAUAACCUCAUCUUGUCUUAGAAACAUUGUUUGCUUUGCAGAUAUCUUAAGCUAAAUUUGAGAAAUUGUACUAGAUUGACAAUAUUCAAAAUUGAGUUAAAUCUGAGCUACAAGUACCAUUCAUUCCACUUUUCAUAGGUUUGUAACCUUAAAAACCAAUGUUAAAUGAACAGAGUUCAGAAAGAUCAUUUAGCUUUCCUGGUGCCUUCUUUCUAUUUUGUUUUAGAGCUGUGAAAUGUUUUUCUCUUUUGGAAAAGGAAAAGCUUAACAAUUAGACAGUUUUAUGAAGAAGCCUUUAAUCCAAGUUUUAUGAGACAAUAGGAACCCAUAGCUACUUAAUUUUUAGGAGACAGUAAUUCAGUUGCAGAAGUUUUCAUCUGCUAUUCCCAUUCUCUUUUACAAAACUAGUUUUUUUAAAAAAAAUAAUGAUCCAUUUUAUCUUACUACUUUAUAACUUUUGCUGACUUCUAUUCUUUGCAUUGUAUGUAAUGUCCAUCAGUAUAAAUUGAGGCUGAAUUUCUAGGACCCACAAAAGUGGUAUUUUUUUUUUACAAGAAAGUAUGGAGGAAGAGGAAGCUGGACAUUAAAUUAUCUCAUCCAGCAGAAAUUCAGGGUAGUGUGGUAUAUUUUAAUUUUUUAUAUUUUAAAAUCAAUAAUGUCAAAAAAUGUCAUUGUGUAUGCAUGCUUUGUAAUAAAUUUGCACUUGAUAGUUUUUCUGGGCGCCUAGGGGAGCUAGUAUGACUCUCCUGAACUCUUGGUUUCUCACUCAAAUCCUCUGAAGCAGCUGGGGGCCUAGAGUCGUGAACUGAAGUAGAAAUAGAGGACAGACAGAAAAGGUGUAAUGGAAUGGAGGAGGUCAAAUAUAGGGUAGCAGUUUAAGAGAUGGUGAUUCCUAAGGGACAGAGUUGGAAGUACGUAUUUACUGAAUUCUUUGAAUCCACAGCUGAUGGAGUGUUCAAGCUAUAGAUGUGGAAGAAUUUUUAGGUCAGGAUCUUGGGAAGCUAAGGAGAGCAAUUUUUAAAAGACAGUUUUUCUGUUUUCCUAGGUAAUUCCCAAGAAGCUUGUGUAGGAAAAAGUUGGUAAUUAUGGAUCUUUUGGGGAGGAGGAGAACUAUAAUUCAUUCUAAUGGUGAGAAGAGAUACCAUGUUAGAAGACCUUCCAUACCUGGAAGUGGGGAGGUGACUGAAGAUGGGCACGUUGAUACUUGGAAUUGUCCUUGAAAGCAGUUAAUGGCAGAGAUCAAAAUUUCCUCCUGGUGUAAAUAGUGCAUGUGCUCUUUGCCAACUUUCACCCUCCUCAUUCACAUCCUUAGCUCCUCAGCCCUGGAGAUGUUCCAUAGGGUGUUUGAUCUAAACUCAGUUGUAUCUACCUUACCUGUUUUUCUACUUUGCCUUUCCUCCUUGAGGAUGUGAGUUUUAUAGUUUAAGCUUAGCUUUGUGCUAAACUUCUUAGCUUUCUGCUAUCCACCAGGACCAUAAUGCAGACCUAUAGUUCUGUGGUUUUGUUUUCUAUACAUUGAGGAAGGUGGCUGAAUAUAUUUAGUUAUUAAUAAAGUCAUUACUUGUGAA